ACGUCGCAGACGCCGUUAUUAAAAGGAACGCGCCCUCGUAUACAAGUAUAUACACAUACAUAUCGGCCGCACUCGUGGGAGAAGCCGCCAUGCUGAGCAGUUUAUUCGACCGGAAAUCUCGAUGGUGGACGUGCUGCGAGCUGGAAACGAAAGUCGCGAAUACGAAAAUUGCCCGCUCUUAUAUUCCGACGCAAUCUACAACGUCCGCGAUUUCAUAUCGCGAGAAGACAACGAGUCACUGGCGAAAAGUUAUGGAGACGGUUCUCCGAAUGAAAUAUGCGUCUUUAAAUUGGAUCAGGGGAAGAUUGAUGAGCUCGCGAACGAUUACCACGCCGAAACGUGCGUACCUUCCUUCAGCCACGAAAGUGCGAUACAAAAGGAAUCCUGUGAGGAAGCGGUCAAGAGUGAUGGUGCUCCCUCAAGAAACGAAGAUGAAUCUCGAUGCAAAUCGAAUCGUAAGAGAAAAACGCGUCGCAAGAUGCCCGAUGGAGUUAUCAUUGAUCUUAGCGGUGACGUUUGUAGCACUUUGCGCGGCGGCAUGAAAAUCAGCAUUAUUUCGAUGCAUAAUCCGAUACCCGAAAUGAAAUUUGUCACACUACCAAAAAAACAAUAUUCGACAAUGCGAAAUUUUAAAAGUCCAAAAAUCAGAGCGAUGAAGAAAGUGAUCGACAAUUCUAUACAUGCCGUUCAGCCUUACGCUGAAAAUUGCAGCGAAAGGGAGAACACUCGGAGAUCAAUGAAACGCAAAUGCAAAAAUUAUUCGGGAGAAUCAACGACUGUCAAUGCACACGUAGAAGAUAAUGUGCCGUCACUUAGUACGCCCAACGAGGUUCUUGGCUCAACGCAAUGUUGUCAUCAUCACGAUAGCACGCCGGUUGAUGAUAUUGAUAACGCGCGAUAUCCAAUAUUGAACACAGGACACACGUGCGUCGACGCGAGGGAACGCAUCGCGGACUACCGCUGUUCGAUUUUUAACGACAGGCAUCAGGAAUAUCACAUUUAUGAUCGGGAGAAUUACAAUGUAGACGGUUCCGAUAUCAAUGCGGAGGUGCAAGCUGAUUGGACGGCCGUGUGCUUUCAUCCCGAGCAUACCCGCGCGAAGGGAUGUCGAUGUUUCUGUGAGUUCUCGAGCGAGUGCGAGUCGGAUAUAAAUAUGCAACGCGACCGUUGCCUCCCGACGUCGCGGGCGGCAAGAGAGCUGUUCGAGAAUUCUGCUCUCCCGAAGAAGCAUCAAAGGGAAGAAGCCGUGCGAGGCGGAUCGGGCGGCCUCCGGACGGAUAUCGCGCCUGAAUUCGCAACGGAACCCGAUGAAUAUUCUUCAGAUGGGAUCGAACGGUGCGCGAACUGCGACGACGGGAAGAAAGAAAGUUGGACGAGCCGGAAACGCGUGGCUUCGAGGGCGAGCGUGCUCGCCGAUCUUUGCGAUUCGCCGCGUCCCGCGUCGCGAUGCGAAAUUGAUACGCGUCCCGGGCAACUCGGCUCGUGGACGACGACAACGGCGGUGGAGAGAGACGGUGGCGAUCGAUCGUAUAAAUCAGAUUCGCUGAAAGGCGUCGACACGCGAAUGGAUGCACGCGCGCGAAGAGACAACUGUAUCGGCCGCGUUGUCGCGGACUCGCCGUCGCGUUCCGACCGACGAUGUCCAGGGGAAAAGGGCGGAUUCGCCCGCGAAGUGGAUUCGGAGUGGAAACCGGGCUGCAUUGAAACUGACGCCCAACAAUUGGAUUACAAAUGGAAGGGAAGAAUCGCGACCGUAGACGCCGACGGUACACGCGCGAGGGUGGAUUUCAAAGGGAAACAUGAUUCCAGGUAUAAAUCGGAAGAGGCGAUUCGCGUCCAAUUGCGCGAGAGCGCGGAGAUAAGGAAGCACGAGAGCCUGGAAACGGCCGAGGCAACGUUAGUCCCCGCCUGAUUUUGGCAUCGCAUUGCAGCAUACAUCCAUUUCCGAUAAAUAGAAUUCUUCACUUUUCUCUCGUCUACGUCGCUUUGAAAGUUUGCUCUCUUGUAUAUUUUUCAGAUUCCUCUUACCAUGUUGUUUUACCUAUACAUCUAUAAUAUAUACAUGAUGCAGUUUUAUUAUUAUUUUUUAACGUGAAAUAACAUUUCAAAAUUUAAUGAAACAUACACUCUCCGCGAGCUCGACUGACACAGUUACAAUAUUUCCAAAACAUUUUUAAUAUAAUGUUUUCCGUUACAUAUUUUCAGCUUAUUGCGUGUAGAACGUAACAGGUCUGAAUCGCAAUUUUUUUUGCUCUACAAAUUUUUAAUUAAUUCAAAAUUGAUUUUUCUUUUAAAUCGGAGUAAUAAAAAUUAUGUAGAGCAAAGUUUCCGCAAACGUUUUGCAGGUCACAAACGAGGAGUGACGAUGCAAAUAAUUCCGACAGCGAACGCGAGACGCGCGAUCACUCUC